AUGACUUCUGAUAGCUUACCUAAACCACCCGAGCCGUUAGCGCAACCAAUUCGACUGAUAGUAGCGUUAUCUGCGCUCAGUGCAACUGUCAAUCCACCUCCUUUGACCAAUACACAAUGGUAUAAAACAUCUUCCAGUAAAUGGCUUACAUCGGUAUGCAAACUACUUUCAUUCGAUCAAGGUCGGUUACCGCCUUCCAUCUCUCCUGAGAAUGUGAAAGCAUCCGCUGCGGAUCAAAGGGAAGAAUGGAGCUCUGAAGAGAUAAGUCGAAUCGCGGGUAUCUUAGUGGAAGCUAGUUUGGCUUCAGAAACAGUAGCAGAAGAGAAUACUAAAAAGGAAAAGAAAGAAGAAGGCGCAUUGAAAUACUCGCCAAUAUCAAGACUACUGUCCUACCGUACACUUCAGCUAUUGGGAUUACAACCUAAGGAACUCAUACCGCAAGCUGAAAAGAAUCUAUCAAAUACUCUUUUCCACGCUUUGAAGGCUGCUGCCGAGAAAGAAAGUGAAGAGAAAGUGGAAAAAGCCAGGGAAGCUCAAUCCCAGGGGUGGGGCGGGUCUCUAGGUCGGCACUUAGCUACCGGAGCUGGAGUGGUGGCUGGUGGUGUACUUAUUGGAGUAACAGGUGGAUUAGCUGCACCUGCUAUAGCAGCUGUGUUAGCUCCAUUGGGAGUAGGAUCCUUGCUUUCAGCUUCUGCUGCUCCGGUCGUUUUAGGAACGCUCUUUGGAGUCGGUGGAGGUGGAUUGGCAGGGAAGAGAGUCAGAGAACGAUGGAGGGGCGUCGAAGAAUUCAGUUUCAUAGAAGUUGGCGAUGGAAAUAAAGCUACUCAGGAGGAAUUGGAUGAGUUGAAAGAAGCUCGAGCCAGAACGAAAGAACGAGAGGAAAAGAAGAAAGCUGAAGAGGCCAAAGAAAAAGGUAAACCCGAAAACGAGAAGCAAGAGGGCGAUGUCGAAGGACAAAUAUCCGAACAAGAUGCGGAAGAAUUGGUCAAUCAAGGUAGAUCGGAUAUAGAGGAGAGGUUACUCAAAUUAUCACUGGAAUCAGGUACCAGGCAGUCAAUCAGCUCGUCUGGAAGUAAACCUCAGAUCGCAUCAGAUAGUCCAAGGGUCUCUCUGGAUCAUGCAAAGGAUGAAAAAGCUUUAGUCGAUGUUAAGAAACCACCAAGCUUGACGGCGACCAUAGUGGUCCCUGGCCUGCUGACAGUGUCGAAAACUGAGGGCAUCACAGCUUGGAGAGCAAUCUGUUCAUCUGCCACUGGUUCGACUAACUCUACUAUCGCUCCGAACCUACUCUCAGAUGAGAAAACAGGCUUGACGGAUCCCACAACGGGUGCAGCAAAGGCAGUAGGGUUGAAAGACGGCAGGGAUGUUUAUCUGUUGAGAUUUGAAAGUGCGGCAAUGUUGAAGACUGGAAGAGAUGUUGAUUUAUGGGUGACUUCCAAGUUGAAAGGUCUGGUGAAGAAGGAAAUCAUCAAGCGUACGGUGCUUUCCGCGUAUUUCGCUGCUGUCAGUCUACCCAUGUCCGUGUAUUCUAUGGCAACUAUGACGCUUGACAAUACUUGGAUGCAUGCUGUCGAUCGAGCCAAGAAAGCUGGUAAAUUACUGGGAGAGGUCAUCGAGAAGAGGGUGCAAGGUGAAAGACCUGUUGUGCUCAUUGGAUCAUCAGUGGGAGCCUUGACAAUCCUACAUGCUCUGCUAUAUCUUUCUUCGCUUUCAGGACAAGGAUCUAUUCCAGCAUAUGUUGAAUCUGUUUAUCUGAUCUCUUUACCCUCUGCUCCAACUGCGGACGAAUGGAACAAAGUCAGAAGUGUAACUAGCAGAAGAGUAGUCAAUGCUUAUAGUGAUGCUGAUUUGGUCUUGGCUGGUGUAGUGAGGCUACACGAAGUUGUAUCAAGAGCAGCUGUCAUGUCUAAUGGGAUUCGAGUGGCUGGAUUAGGUCCAGUCGAGCGUCCCGGUGUUGAAGAUGUUGACAUCUCCUCGGUGUUGAGAGGUCACAUGGAGUUACAAGCUAAGAUGCCGGAAAUUCUGAAGAUUAUAGAUAUUGACGCUUAA